AUGCAUAGGAAAUGGGUGUACAUUUACCAACCCUUAACUAAUGAAUAACAUGUGGUUAAUUGAGCUCUAAAUACUAGUUCUGGCAGCUUUUUGCCUUUUGGAAAGCUGCUCUUGCGAAGCCGGUUGUUAUUAACCUCUCUUAUUUCCAAGGAUCAAGACAUCCAAGAACUUGAUACCAUUUUUAUAAUGUCGGCGGUUAACAUAGCACAGACCUAUGCAACUAAUUCAGCUUUACCCAGUGGGAUAAGAACUUGUUUAAGUUUUCCUGAAGCCCUCAUGGUAUUAGAAUUGAUAUUUGGAGGUCUGGUGUGGAUUUUGGUUGCUGCUACAAAAGUCUCACUGCCUUUGCUGCAAGGAUGGGUGAUGUUUGUCUCAGUUACCCUCUUUGCAUUUACAUUAAUACUCCUGAUACUGUACAUUCUUGGAAUCCACAAAGGCAGAUGUACUUGGAUACUUAUGGAUGCCAUUUAUCACUGCGUUGCUGUUCUCUUCUACCUAAGUGCUGCUGUGUUACAAGCUAAUGCAACAAUACGAACAUGGAAUUUUGGGAGGAUAUACCAGUUAAAUAUUGCAGCAACAGUGUUCGCUUUUUUUGCAACCUUGUUAUACUUAAUCCAUGCCCUUUUCUCUGUGUUGAGAUGGAAGCGAAGUGGAUGAACCCCAAUAUUUUGUGAAGAACAAGUGAUCAAAGAAAUGUACAUUUAUGUUAAGCAAAUUUAGUUUUUUAAAAUGAUUCCAAGUGAUAUUUUGGUAAAGCAGUACUGAUAUUGUUAUUUUUAUUGUAAAGUAAAUCUACCGUAAGUGUUGAUAUUAAAAGGGGCACAUUUACUAA